AUGGCAGAGACUGGGGAAGAGGAGAAGGUGUCAGCAGAGGCCUCAGGGUUCUCAGACCUCAGUGACUCAGAGUUCCUAGACCUGGAAGAUGCCCAAGGGUCAGAUGCUCUACUUAGCAAGCCUGGCCCUUCUUCUGAACUCUCAGGGAAUGAUGGCAAGCCUCUAAGCUUACAGAAACGGAAAAGAGGAUUGGAUAUCUCAUCACCCCUGGAGCGAUUCCACUUUAAAUACUUGUGUGUCACUGACCUGUCUGCUCAAAACUGGUGUGAACAGCAAAUGGUAUAUGGGAAGGAGCUUCCUGACUUCUUAGCACCUGAGAAAGCAGCUGUUUUGGACACUGGUGCUAGCAUCCACCUAGCUCGAGAACUAGAAGUUCAUGAUCUUGUGACUGUUCCCAUCACCACUACAGAAGAUGCUUGGGCAAUAAAGUUCCUGAACAUACUAUCAAUGAUUCCUACGCUGCAAUCAGAGGGAUGCAUCAGAGAGUUUCCUGUGUUUGGGGAAGUAGAGGGUGUGCUUCUUGUUGGGGUAAUUGAUGAGCUGCACUAUACAGUCAAGGGGGAACUGGAACUGGCUGAACUCAAGACCCGUAGGCGUCCUACACUCCCUCUGGAAGGUCAGAAAAAGAAAGAUUGUUUUCAAGUCAGCUUAUACAAAUUUAUCUUUGAUGCCAUGGUACAAGGGAAAGUGACUCCUGCUAGCCUUAUCCACCACACAAAAUUGUGUCCAGAAAAGCCACUGGGCCCCUCAGUGCUGACGCAUGCACAGCAGGGAGGCAUCUUUGUGAAGUGCUUAGGUGACCUGAUGGAGCUGGUAUUUUUAGCUCUCACACUAUCUGACCUUCCAGUCAUUGAUAUCCUGAAGAUUGAAUAUAUACACCAAGAGACUGCCACUGUGUUGGGUACAGAGAUUAUUGCCUUUGAAGAGAAAGAGAUGAGAGACAGGGUGCGGCACUAUCUGGCCUACUGGAUGGGUCACAGGGAGCCUCAAGGUGUUGAUGUGGAGGAAGCUUGGAAGUGCCGCACCUGCAACUAUACAGACAUCUGUGAGUGGAGGAAGGGGAGUUGGGUGCUCAGCAAUACACUGGAACCCCGGGCCAAAAAGAACAAAUGA